GCGUGAAGAGGCCCCGCUUACAGUCGCUGGGGAGGGGCCGUGUGGUGCGUGCCCUGGAGGGAAUCCCGGAGCAUCCCGCUUCCCUGCCUGUUCCGCCCUGCACCACCUAUCGCAGCGUUAUCUUCUGGCCCUAUCAUUCCUUCUUGGUUCCCACAUCUUAGACUCCGCGGUGUAGGUGGAAUGUUUUAAGGAUCUCCGGGAGGCAGAGAAAAGUGUCUGUGAUGUGACUAAAUUAAUAAAUGAAAAAGGGAAUACAUUUGGGAUCCCAGCCCCCAUAGGGCUUCCCGAGGUACCUCCAGUCCCUGACAAAGCCCGCGCCAUUUCUCACCGCUCCCCAUUUAUUCCCUUGGGUCUUUAUCCUCCAUCCACCCCCCCAGCCAAAUCUGUGAGGGAGGGGCUGUUCUUCCCCAGAGAUCACAGUGCUCAGGCAUCGUGGCAGACUCAAGAGGGACCAGCUCCUCCCAUAAGAAAAGGAGGUACUCAGAGAAGGACCUCCCAUCUUUGUCCCCUUUCUCUGAGCCCUAGACUACCAGGCCUGGGCUGGCAGCAAAGGCAAAGAGAGAUACAGCCUACGUGUUGUGUGCUCAGAGUCGGGAGAGAACCAGAGAAGCCUUUUCCCAUUCACUGUAGCCUGGUGCCUUCCAGGCUGACCAGAGGAGCUCAGCAAUAAUUCAGGGACUCCAGCUCUUUGGGACCUGUUGCCAGGAAACAGGGAGAUAGGCACGUGCAUCCCUGGGGAGAGGAAUCAGUUUCCAGCCCAGACAAAACAGUGAAAUGUAAGCUGGAGCCACUGACUGAGGGUCUUGGGAUCUUCCCACACCAGUUCACAGAGGCUAAGUGGGGACAUACAGCAGAGCCCUACUAAGGGUACAGCUGGUAUGGUUACAGUCACAGAAGCACCAGUGUGGGUCCUGGGCGCAAGGACUUUGGAAAUGGACUUUGUGAAUGGAAGAGGACUUUUCUGGAAACAUUCCAAGAGAUCAAAUUCAAGAACUCCUAGGCCUCUGUAGAAAGAGAUGUCUUCAUUAUUCUUGGCCAAUAUGGGUCAUGCCAAGGGGCUAAGAUGGAAUAAGCUUGCUCUGUCCCACCCCCACCCCAGACUCUUGGAUCAGUUCACUUGCUGGGCACUGUGCCAGCUGGGGAGGCUGGUGCAUCUUUAAUGCAGUCACCUGAUCCCUGGGACAGGCUUUUGGCCUCACCAAGUUCCUGAAGCUAGACCCACUGGGUGCCCACUGAGCCACUGCCUUCCUGUGCCUGGGUGCCAGGCCCGUUUUCCCUGCCGCCAUGAACCAGGCCUUCUGGAAAACCUACAAAUCCAAAGUGCUACAGACCCUGAGUGGGGAAUCUGAGGAAGACCUGGCAGAGGAGAGUGGGGAUCUUGUGUCCCAGAGGGAGAACCCAGCAUUAGUGGAGUCUGAGAUGGCAGAACAGACUCCAGAAGCUUUCAAUCCCAUGACACAGUUGGCCCGCCGGGUUCAGGGGGUCGGGGUGAAAGGUUGGCUGACAAUGUCAUCUCUGUUUAACAAAGAAGAUGAAGACAAGUUGCUGCCACCGGAUCCCUGUGCUGACCACCCGCUGGCGGCGCCGCCCUCCUCGCAGGCGACGGCGGAGGCGGAGCCGCGCGGGUCCGGAUUCUGGGACGUGUUCGCCAGCAAGUGGCAGCAGCCACAGUCGGCGGCGGCGUCCAUGCUGCGCGGCGCCGAGCCCACCUCGGAGCCAGACCCUGAAGCCGGGGACGAGGCCGCGGAGGAGGCCACCGAGUCGCAGGAGGCCGAUGCGGCGGCUGGCUUCAAGUGGGGCUUCCUCACCCACAAACUGGCAGAGAUGAGGGUGAAGGCUGUGCCCAAGAGUGACUAGCCGGACGGCGGAACUGGGUGCCCGCUCCUCCCCAACCCCAUAAAAACCCU